CCGGCCUUCUCACGGACGCGAUGUUCUCAUUGCGUCCAUAGCCCACGGGCCAAAGGGCUCUGAAAACAGUAUCCCUGUUCUUCUGCAUCCUAUCACCGUAAAAUCCCCAAUCUGAAAACCCACGAGUAAACCAGCGGCCACAAACCUUAACGGCGUGGCGACGGCGGUACCCAUCCCGUUAUUUCUCUUGAUCGAGCCUUAAGGUAUCAAGCUUGCCGUCGUCGUCAGUUCUAAGUACGCACCCACGCGACUAGCUCUCAGCCAUCAGGUUAGUCGUCUUACACAUGAUGAGCUCUUUUGGUUUUUUCGUUGGAGACUAAAUCGUUGUGCGGCAUUCUCUUUCUUUAGUGAUACAUUAUAGUGCUGCUGCAUUAAGCAUUAGUUGUUAAUUUUUGUGCUUAUCUUUAUAAGACAAUGACAGAUUAGUUAUUAGCAAAUAGCAACAUGCAUCCUAGCUUCCUAACAAGCUUUGUAAGCUAGUUUAUCUGCUUAUCCCAGUUCUGUCAACAUAACAAUGCGACUAUAAGGAAACAAAAGUGUGCAAAUAAUCUAGAAAUUAGUUUUACUUUUGAUCAAUCAUCUUACGAUGCUUGUUUAUAAGUUCCUGAAAAAGAAAUCAGUUGUACGUUGUUUGACAUGCUUCCUUAAUUUUUUGUAUGCUACAAACUAGUAAGAUGAGGACUAAUCAAGAUGGGUUAGGUCGGUUAGUUACAAUAAGUGAUGAGGAGAUAGGCUUACUGGAUGGAGAUCAAACUUUAGUUCAGCAAACUGAACUAAAUGUUUCAGAACGUAUCAGUGCCUUACUAUGGAUGCCUCAUUGCCAGCACAAAAUCUCAAAAGUUUGGGAAAAUGCUAAUGAUGGUGUUAGUGUCAGGUAUCACCACGUGGGCAUUCUAUACCAUUAUUUAUGUGAACCACUACUGAAGAGACUUGGAUUCUAUCAAGUUUCCCAGAUGGUUGGGAUGAGUGUUGAUAGAUUUCUAAUUGGAGCAUUAGUAGAGAGAUGGCGGCCUGAGACUAACACAUUUCACUUACCAGUUGAAGAGAUGACAGUUAGCCUACAAGAUGUGAGUUGUCUAUGGGGCUUACCAAUUCAAGGUGAGCCUAUUAUAGGCAAGUUAGAGGGGCCAUGGGUUGAUGAAAUUGAGACAUUACUAGGAGUUACUCCAGGAAAACAAGUGAUGAAGCAAAAAAAGCGAAAGGCGGACGGUGACUUGGAAAGCGGGGGAAAUAUGACAUCUUCUAACUACUCCAUCAGCUUAAAGAAAUUACGAGAUCAGUUCAAGGAGAUGCCAGAAAAUGCAACAAAAGAACAAAUUGAACAUUACACUAGGGCAUUCAUUUUGGAUAUUCUUGGGUCAAUGAUUUUCCCGGAUACAUCAGGAGAUGGAGUGCCUGCAAUGUACCUGCAAUUCCUUCAGGAUCUUGAUAAACCAAAGGAGUACAACUGGGGGGCAACAACUCUUGCCGUGCUAUAUAGACAAUUAAGCUUCGGUGCAGAACGAGAGAGAUUGGAGAUGGCUGGUCCAUUAGUGCUUCUGCAGCAUUGGUGUUGGUCGCGGUUGAGACCAGGACGACCAGUGGAUCAAGAUAGGAACCCUAUUAGUUGGGGAGAGCCAGACCCUGAGAGUUGUCCUACAUUUGGAGCAAAAUGGUGUGGCCAGGAACUUUAUCCUCUGCCACAUAACUCGGGUGUUGCGUUUUAUCAGAACUUGCUGGAUCAAGUUCAAGACAAUGAGGUCUCUUGGGAACCAUAUAAUGGACUAUUGAUGUCCAUGCCAAGAAGAGUUAGAGCUGAACGUGCUUUCUGGUAUAGUCGAGUACCUCUCAUCCAUUUUUGGAUCAUUGAAUUUCAUUAUCCAGAUAGAGUGAUGAGACAACUAGGGAGAAAGCAAACCAUUCCACCUCCUCCCCCACAUGAUGAGAGCAAGCUUCGUCAACUCCAUAAAAUAAAUCAUACAGGGAAACCACGUGAUUGGAGGAAGCUCCACGCAGAAUAUGUUAACCAAUACAAUAGAAUUUGGCAAAGCAUGGUUGAUGAGGAGCAACAUUUUGACCAGGCAAGUUUGCCACAAUAUCGUCAUUGGUUUCAACAGUAUGGGAUGUACACUGUUUUUUUGGAUGCUCGGUCCGCUCAAGGUUUGUGGGAUCCCAUCCCUUAUCCACUGGAUAACUUCGAUUGGACCGGUUACAUGCCCAGUGGUCCACCUCUCUCCCGAUUGGCUCUACGUUCUAUCAAACAAGUUGCGUGGAGAAUUAAAUGUGCUAUGAGUAGAGGAUGGAGAAAGAUGGGCAAGAUUCUUAUCUGUACAUGUUACAAUAACGUCCAGGAUAUCAAUAUGGAGGCUAAGUUAAGCAGCAUGCUAAGCGAGUCAGGUCUACCUUUAUGUGUAGAUGACAUUCGAUCUGAUGAUAGUGCAUCACCAUUUUCUACCCCUAAACCAAUUAAACCUGAGGAGAUAAACAUGGAUGUGAUGGAUGACUGGUUGUACUCAAACAGGGGAUUUACAAGAUACCUUAGUUUAGGUACAGAUUCUGAUGUGCUGGAAUCUCAGGAUAAACAUUGAGCAUAGAUCAGGGCAAAGAGCUUUUUGUUACUCCUGCUGUUAGACAAUGUUAUUAUUUGGUUUA